AUGGUGCUGCGCAAUUCCCUGUUCCAAGCUGCCGUGUUGACGACGGCGCUGAGUCUCUCGGCGGCUGAGACCGUCGAGAAGGAGGCCAAGUGGCUCUGGGAGAACGAGGAAGACCCGGCAUACGCUGCCGACACGGGCUUCUUCGCGAACUUCCGACCCAACGACGCGAACCAGACGUGCUCCAGUGACCUGCACGCCACACCCUUCGACAAACAAGUGCGCGGAGCCAACCUCGGCGGUUGGCUCGUGCUGGAGCCUUGGAUCACGCCUUCGCUCUUCUACCAGUUCUUGGGGACUCAGGAGCGCUACGGUGAAAAGGCCCCGGAGAAGACGGCGAUGGAUACGCACUCCUUCUGCACCGCGCUGGGCAAGGAGGAGGCGAACCGACAGCUCCGGAUCCACUACGCCAACUGGGUCACGGAAGCCGACAUCAAGGAGAUGGCGGAGGCCGGCGUCAACUCGCUCCGAGUGCCGGUGGGCGACUGGAUGUUCCAGCCCUACGAGCCCUACGUCGGCUGCACGGACGGCGCUGUCGAGGAGCUCGACCGCGUGGCCGACCUGGCGGCCAAGUACGACAUUGACCUGCUGCUCGACAUCCACGGGCUCAAGGGUUCGCAGAACGGCUUCGACAACAGCGGCAAGAGCUCCACCGUCAGGUGGACGUCGACUAUGAGCACGCAGCCUGUCGGCGCCACGAUGUUCGAACACUGGCCCGUUCGAUCCGCCGAGUGGGUCGGCAGCUUCGACGCCGAGUCGGCCACGUACACGUCCAUCAACUACGAGCACAUGGUGCACUCGCUCGACACGGUCGUCGCGAUCGUCGAGCGAUACGCUUCGCACCCGGCCAUCGUCGGACUCGAGCCUGCCAAUGAGCCCUGGGAGCUCACCCCCAUGGAUCUGCUCAAGGAAUACUACUGGCGCUCGUACAAGCGCGUGAAGGCGCGCGCCCCGCACUGGAAAUUUGUGAUCCACGACUCGUUCCGCUUCGGCGUGCAGUACUGGUCGCAGUUCAUGGUCGGGUGCCCGGACAUCGCCUUGGACACGCACAUCUACCAGGCUUGGAACGCUCCGGGUACGCGCUCCGACUACUUCUCCAACGCCUGCCAGCAGAAGUACACCAUCGCCGAUAUGGAGAACGCCGUCAUGCCGGUGAUUGUUGGCGAGUGGUCGUUGGGCACCGACAACUGCGCGAUGUGGCUCAACGGCUUCAACGACAACCUGCCGGGCUUCCCCAACACGCAGUGCCGCAUGGUGGACUGCCCCGUGCACAGCACCUACCUGGGCGAAGGCUUCCCCGGCACGCCGCUCGACAUCACCAAGCCCAUUCAGGGACCGUACGGCACCGGCCAGUCGGGUCCGGCAUUCGGCAAGUGCCCCGUGACCAGCGACACGGCCUUCGAGCAGGACGACGACGCCGAGUUCGCCCGCAAUUUAAACCUCAAGAAGCUCAACGCGUUCGCGCUAGGCCACGGCUGGUACUUUUGGAAUUUCAAGACCGAGCUUGGCUCGCGCUGGAACUUCCUUGAACUGGUGCGGCAGGGCGCGUUCCCCAAGAACGUCUCGCACUACCACGACAGCGAGGACGUCUUCUCGGCCUGCGAGAAGGAGGACCGCGGUGAAUUCCUGUGCGCGGCCAAGCGCGGCGUGCACCCGGACGACCUCGAGCGCGGACUCGACUACGCGUGCAGUGGCGACCAUGUCGACUGCUCCGAAAUCGAGUCCAAGCUCCUCACGCUCGAGGAGCGCGCCGACUGGGCGUUCAACGAGUUUUGGCAUGCACACCGCCACUCGGGCGCCACGUGCGACUUCGGUGGCGCCGCGCACCUACUGAGCACGAACCACGUGGCCUCGACCCCGAAUCUGGAGCAGCAGCAGCGACUGCACCGCGACAUGCAGCCAUCGUCGCCCGUGAUGGUCAUCUUCUGGAGCUUCGUGGGCGUGGCAGUGGGGGUUAUUGUUGUGGUGGUCGCCGGCGUGCGCAUUAUGGCGCGCCACAAGCGGCGGCAGGAGUACUCGCCGCUCAUGCCGGUGAACGUGUAA